GUGUGAGAUAGGUCGGUUGUGUUUUUGUUUAUAAAUUAUAAUAACAAUUAUAAAUUAGGUAUAAUAAUGUAACAUAAAUCGAAUGAAAGCACUUGUAAUAUGAUUAUAAGUUUGAAGUGGUAUUGUGCCAAUGAAGAUACAUAACUUAUGAUUUAGGUUAAACAGAUACCAAAAUGACUUCAUAUUAUUGUACCAUGUUAAUGGUCCGCUUCAUGCUGCCAGCAGGCCUUCUACUCAGCAUAGGACUGCGACCAUACGGACUGUCCCUGAUAUACCUGCUGCUGUAUCUGUUAACGCCGCUUAUAAAAGUUUCUCCAAGUUGCAACCAAGGCAAAGGUUUCUGCGGGCGUAUUCUUCUGUUAAACGUGCUGGUUUCUAUCCCGCUGUUGCUAGUCCACGUAGGAUGGCACACGGCGCUUGCAGUGUUCUCUCCCUAUGGGUCCUUGGUGGAAACCUACCCGCUCGUCCAGCGCAUCGGACACAACCUCGGUCUUGUCAGCUACGACGUUAUAGACCCGCUGAUGGCCGUACAUUAUCUUGCACCAGAGUUAAUAAUGACCCUGACUUCUGUGCUGGUGUAUGUAGUGGUGCGAAAACUAACACAGGAAAGCUCAGGGGAGCCGGAGAAGAAAGAGUCGAAGCAUCAGCAAUAUCCUACUCUAACUAGUGCUGGGAAAUACCUGUGUCUCUUCCUAAUAAUGUUCUCCGGUAUAAUGCGUCCCAGUGUCACCUCCGGUAUAUAUUUCCUGGUAUUCAUGGGCGCGGCGACAGCGUGGGCGUUAGGGCAGCCACUAACGCGAGGGUUCGCGGUCGUCGGAAGAUGUUUGAUGGCCAUCAUGGCUGUUCAUGUACUGGUGUUACUGGUCUAUCAGUGCAAUUGGCUUAUAGAGUUUUAUCCGCCGGAUAUGAAUAUGGCUAGAUAUUUUGGAUUAACCCAACUGGUUGUCAUCAACGAUACAGAUCCGCACAAUUUUUCGUACGUAGUGUCAGAAGACCAAAAGUGGGCGACACUUGCAAGCCCCUUCGUGAUAUUGUUCACAUAUUUUGUGCUCGGGAUUGAAACCCGGGAACUCCUCAAACCAAAGCCGAAAAGAAAACUCGCGCUGACGGGUUUAGAGGCGGGCAAGCAGAAUGGGUCUGUGUACCGUGGAGUCUCCCUCCAAGGCAGCACUUACCGUCAGAACCGCGAAAAAUGGAUGAAAGCCACUAAGAAGAUAAGAGUAAGCCGCCACACCAGUCCCGGCAAGCGUUGGUCCAGCGUGAGGAUGUCCCAGCGGCCUCUGCGCCAGGACUCCACCGGCUCCGUGGUCGUCAUGGGCGAAGAAUCUACGAUGGUUGAAAUGGACGAGCCAACUUUACUGGAUGACAUCAUAUCAGCUAUUAUCGACUUUUUUCAAGUUCUAGUCAGAUCGUCGUACAUAGCGACUACGAUCACAAUGAUGGCGUGGAGCAUAAUGUUCCACUCGUGGCUGACCUUCGUCUUCCUCAUGUGGGCCAACAUUGUUUGGUUGCGCCAGAAUCAACGCUCCUUCAUGCUCAAGACCAGUCCCGUACUCGUAUUUUACGCGAUGGCGUUGCUGAUCUUGCAGUACAUUUACGGCAUGGAUCUAACGGAAGCAGAGCUGCCUAGUAAUAUAACGGAGGUGAACCUCCGUCAAAUAGGUGUGGCUCGAGCCGACGGCGAGCCCUGCGUGCCCUUGCUGAUAAAGGCGCUAUUCACGUGCAUGUUCUGGGUGACACUCCGGCAAAGGGUGCAGGAAAUACGUUCAAGGCGGCAAUCAACCGUCAUCUCUGAUAUGGCCGCGCCCUUUCAACUCACCGUGUCUACUGCGGCUAGUGUAGUGGAAGCACAACGCGAAGACGAGCACCACUCCCGUCUUCUACGAGUACUGGGCACGACCUUACGUCGUCUUUGCGCCCGUUACUGGAUCUACGUGGUCGUGAUAAUGCUGUUUGUUAUUGGCAUCACUGGCGAUCGCAUGACGAUUUUCAGAAUAAUCUAUAUGCUACUGUUCUUAGUGUUUAUGCUCAUGUUCCAGAUAAGCUGGUAUUACUGGCGAAAACUGAUGUACCUGUUUUGGAUAAUACUCAUCAUAUAUUCUAUGUUAAAUUUAAUAUUGAUAUACGUUUAUCAAUUCGACAACUUCUCUACAAUCAUAGAGAACUACCUGUUGAUAAACAAGACAUUACAACACGAUUUGGGAUUGGACACAUACGACCCGGCAGAUCUGUUUGUAAAGUUACUGACACCAACUCUAUUUCUCAUCAUCACUAUCAUGCAGGUCCAUUAUUUCCACAAAGAUUUCAUGGUGCUGUCGGGUCCAAGCACAACCAAAGAUGUAGAAUCUAAUCGACAAAGUCCGGGUGCCGGUGGGUCUACUAUAAAAGAUGAUGAUCUUCCACCUCUACCUUUGGAAGAAGAAGGUCGGUUGAAUAGAGAUGCCAGCAUCAGAUGGAGUAAAGAUGCUGAUGUUAGAGUUUUGACUGUGAGCGACGAAGCGCCGCAAGUUAGAAAUAUUGAAGAUCCGAAUGUCACAACACAAAAUGCCAAUACCAGAACACCUCAAGAUGCUAAAGCUAGAAACGUGAACGAUUCUGAUACCAGAAGAUCGGACACAGAAGCAGAUCACUCUUUGGGAAUGUCGUCAAAAAUACAGAAAUCCAUUAUGCGAAACUCGCGCACGUCACGCACUUCACGAACGUCACGCACGUCUCACAUAUCGCAAGGGUCUGGGGACUCCUGGCAAGGAACCGCUUUGUUCAUACAGUGGCUCAAGGAGAAGGGCCGUGGCAUCAGGUCGAAGUUCAACGCGGUGUAUGACAAAAUGCUGCUGUAUUUGCAUUUGCAUUUGAUUAAGAUUAUCUUCAUAGCACUUAUGCUACUCUGUGUUUGUAAUGUAUGCGCAAUGCACGUGCCUAUAAUGAUAAUUAUCUCCCCGGCAUUAUGGCUGGGUGCCAACAAGCAGAGAUUAUGCUUGCUCUUCUUGUCCACUCUAAUCAGCAUAUACCUCAUGGCGCAGAUGGUUUAUCAGAUCAACUAUAUACAACAUUCCUUCUUCGACGUCAACUGUACAUCUACCGACGAGAAUGAUACACUUAUUUCAACGAUGUACAACAACGCCCACUGGGUCGGCUUCCAUAAGACGAGUCGUGCUAAACCACUGGUAGUACUAGUCAAAGGGUACAUCGGAAUAAUAUGCGUGUUCACCUUCUACUCACUGCUCACAUACCGAAAUCAAACUAAGAGUGAAAGUGGAUCGUCAAAAGUACAGGAAAUAAUAUUUCCGGAAAUAACUCGCAAAGAGGCAGAUAAAGACAUGAUGCAUUGUUUUAAAUAUUUUAUCAACUACGGAUUUUAUAAAUUCGGCGUAGAGAUAACUUUAAUGUGCCUCAUCGGCGUAAUCGGAUCUCGUAUGGAUGUGUACGCCGUCUUCUAUUCGUUCUGGCUCCUAGUGCUCGUGUCUAUGAAGAGGUCGCAGCAAGCGCGCAUUUGGCCGGCAUUCUGUUUGUUUGUCGGCGUGUUGGUUCCCGUGCAAUAUGCGUUGUGUGUCGGCUUUUUGCCGCAGUUCUGUCUUGAUUAUCCAUGGAGUGGCAGUGAUUCGCAAAUGAAACAUAUCAGGACAUGGCUUUUCCUUCCGUACCCCAAAGAACCUCCGCACGCACUGAAACUGGUGUUCGACUACUUCCUAUUGCUGUUCGCCACACGACAGCGUCAAGUGUUUAUAACGGAACGGAAAUAUGGCGAGAAUUACGCGGGAGGCUCAAAUAGUGAAGAUAUAGGACAAGACUGGGAGACGGCGCAAUUUGUCAACCCCGUUCCUGACUUCCUCGGAUAUGUGGGGUCUUGGCUGGAUGUAGCCAAACGUAUGGUGUUCUUAGGAAUGCUGUGGGUGACCCUCGCUAUCAUGUUUAUGACGGGAACAAAUAGAGUCAAUUUGUUCUCUAUGGGCUAUCUUAUUGGCUCAUUUAUCUUCCUAUGGCAAGGCACCGACUUCUAUUUGAGGCCGAAGGAAAUCAUUUUAUUAUGGUGGUCUUGGCUCCUCCGCUACAACGUGUCAGUUGUAGUAGUAAAGUCGCUGCUCCAAAUCCCGGGCUGCAUGUUCAGCAGCGUGCUGCAGGAGCACGCGUGCUGGCUGGUGCAGCUUCUCGGCAUCGGCUGCGUGGACAAGUUCGCCGGCGGGAACAUAGCUCACUUCAUCCGCAUGCAGUACUACAAGGACGCAACAUGUUCCGUGCCCCAAGAGGACAUUGGGCUCGCGUGGGACGGCGUGUGUUUCGCGUUCCUCAUAUUGCAGCGGCGGCUGUUCAACAGCUACUACUUCUACAGGGUCAUCGACGAGAGUAAAGCCACCACUGUCUUGGCUUCCAGAGGAGCCGAGUUGAUCGAGGAAUUGAGACAAAAACAGAUGCGUGUACAAGAGGAUCAGGAAGUUAAAAUACUGGAGAAGAUCAAAGUCAAAAUGGAAAGGAUAAAGGCCAAUCAGAAAAAGAUACAGGGUGCUUUAAAUAAGGACCAAAGGCAUCAUGAUGCAGGAAGUGAAUCAAGCCCGGGUAGGCGAGUGUUAACGAAGAGACACGAAGGUACAGACCUACCGCGAUAUAGGCAGCCGACCAGCCAUCAAAAGGCGGUACGAUCCGGGGACUACUACAUGUUCGACGAAUUCGAUGACACUGAAGUUCCUAUGAAGCCAGAUGAAGAGUCGAGCGAAGAUGAAGAUGCGCCAAAACAAAUGGGCAUUGGCAAGCUGCUGUCGACGGUGAUCAAGACGGACAUAAAGCACGCAGUGUCGAUGCGGCGGGCGUCCGCGCCGGCCGUGCGCUCCGCCAGGCAACACUCGCUCACCAGUUACCCGUCCUCUUAUCCGGUCCAAGAGGCUCAAAGUCACCGCGUCCGAACUUUGGAAGACGAAGAGUCUCCCGACGAUGAUGACAAUCUGCCCACGGAGAGGGACCGCGAUGACCAGGGCUCAGACAUCGAGGAGUUUGCAGAGGAACCAGAAUUCGAGACAUGGUUCGACAAGUUGAAGCGAUACGCAAAAAUGGCGUGGAUGAUCAUUUCUAGCUUUUUGAUAUCUGUGACCCGUUACCUGAUGAGGUAUUCUCGGGACUACAGAUACGUAUCCAGGACUCUUUCUCUGGAGAAGAAACUGCUGAAGGAGAAAGAGGGCUUCGGAAUGGGAAUAAGAGAAGGUUCACAAAUGAUAUGGGAACCAUUGCCAGAAACAAUUGCCUAUCAAGCGCACCGUAAGUUAAGCGAUAUAAGCGUUCCCGAGAUUCGAAUCUUGGCGCCGAGCAUGGAACGAGGACUGGACGCCUCGCCGCCGCCACAUCACAGAGACCUUCACGAACUGACGUCCGGCUCCGAAACGACCCGACGCGAUGAAAUGGACGACGAUACAUCGGAACACGAAAGCGCGUUUAGCCUCCAAUCUAGCGGAAGUAAAGACGUGACUACACUGGAAGAACAAGACGAUUCGAUGUUCAAGCAGGGACAAUCUCCAUUCGUAUACCUUAUUUACGCGUUGUGGUAUACCGUACUCGCGCAUACCGACAUCGUGUGUUAUAUGAUGGUUUUUAUUAACCAGAUUCAAUCUGCAACUAUUUUGUCCAUUCCAUUACCACUAAUGGUGUUUAUGUGGGGGACGCUCACUAUACCGCGACCUACAAAGACUUUCUGGGUCACUCUUAUUGCUUACACUGAGGUAAUUGUGCUCAUAAAGAGCAUGUUCCAAUUUGAGAUCCUGCCGUGGAACCAGAAGGUGAUUCCGAACAACAUGCCGUUCACAGCGCCGCGGAUUAUCGGCAUCGAGCGACAGUUCAACUACGCGCUCUAUGAUCUUCUGCUUCUUCUGAUUAUAUUUUUGCACAGGUUCAUGCUGAAAUCGCUUGGUUUAUGGAAAGAGUCUACGCCCGAAAUUGAACUCCGAGGAGACAUGGUAUACAAUCUGACAGAGGAUGACACAAAUAAGGUGGUCCAAGGGCGAGGGUACGAGGUCGGGAGGAAAUACUUACAGCUACAUAACAAGACUGGCCCGACUAAUGCGGAAACAGAAGAGGAUUCCAGGAUACUAAGCGGGUCGGGAGAAGAAUUGUCAGGACAAUUUCCGAUACGACAACGUUCCUUAGAAGAGAAAGAGAGGAGAGAAGAGGAAGAAAAGAGGAGAGAAGAAGAUGCCGGACCUUCAAAACCACCGGAUGACGAUCAUUACAAAGUGAACGAUGACCAAGAACCUAUAAUAUCUGUCACGACUGUUUUAGAAAAUACCUGUGAUCACUACCCUCAAGUAAUAAUGCUAUCCAUCCUGCGGUACAUGCGGCCAACGAAGCUAUUCUUCAAGCGCAUGUUGGCUCGCGGCGCACGCGUCACCGCAGACGUGUACGCGUACAUGUUCCUCUGCGACUUCUUCAACUUUCUAGUUGUCAUUUUCGGGUUUGCGGCCUUUGGGACUCAUCAAGGCGAUGGUGGCGUGCAAGCAUACUUGGAAGAGAACAAAGUGCCCAUUCCAUUCCUAGUGAUGUUGAUAUUACAAUUCGCGUUGAUCGUCAUCGAUAGAGCGCUGUAUUUGCGGAAAUUCAUGUUGGGAAAGAUCCUCUUCCAGUACGCGCUUAUAGUGGGCGUUCAUAUUUGGAUGUUCUUCGUGCUUCCAUUUAUCACCGAAAGGACAUUCAACGCACUAUGGCCGCCGCCGAUUUGGUACAUGAUGAAAUGCAUCUACCUUCUACUGUCGGCGUAUCAGAUCCGCUGCGGAUAUCCGCGCCGCAUCAUCGGCAACUUCCUCUGCAAGUCAUACCGCUUCCUCAACAUGAUCUUCUUCAGAGGUUUCAUGGCGGUGCCGUUUGUGUUCGAGCUUCGUACUCUAAUGGACUGGAUUUGGACAGACACUUCAAUGACUCUAAUGGAUUGGCUCAAGAUGGAGGACAUAUUUGCAAGCGUCUUUCUGCUUAAAUGUUCCCGCUAUGUGGAGGACGAGUUCCCUCAACCGCGUGGAAUAAAGAAGUCGAGCACGACGAAGUAUUUGCUGGGCGGCGGUGUAUUGGCAUUCGUCAUCGCCAUUAUUUGGUUCCCGCUUGUAUUCUUCGCAGUGGGUAAUACGGUCGGUAAACCGAAUCCGCCCACAGAUGUGACUGUCAAGAUCCGCAUCGGCCCGUAUCUCCCUGUAUAUCAAAUGUCUGCGCAAUCUCAUAAUAUCGAUGUGUACACAGAGCAAGAUUACGCGCAACUGAACAACCUUUACGGCCGCGAUCGCACCGCUUUGACUUUCCUCUCCAACUACAUGUACAACGACGUGGCCGUCAUUUCCAUCAACCCCAACUCCACCAUGACCUGGGAUAUAUCGCCGCCAGAGCUGGACCGCCUGGAGAAGGAGGCCAUGUCUAACGAAACCUUGGUGGUGAAGUUUACAUACGUGAUAACUCAUCCCACGAACGCGGUGCCAAACCCGCCCACUAUAGAAGACUUUCGCGAAGUUCCACUGACGGCUUUUGUGGACAACAAGCGAAACCCCGAGAGAGAAAUACUCCUGCAACUGCUCAAGGGCGAAGCACCACCCAAUGCUUGGUUAACAGUGCCACAAUUGUUCCCUAAAUUCGUAAAAGUAUUCAAUAAAGGCACAGCUAAACCAACGUUCCAGCUCAUAGCAUCCGAUACAGAAGAAGAGUCAGAUGCCAGAAUGUACAGGGACGUGAAACUGAGAUUGGAGAGAGACGCCGACAAGAGGAUGAUGUACUGGCGCGUGCACGAAUCUUGCGCGCCCCGGGAGAAGCUGCGGUCGAUCCCCAGGAACAAUUGCGACAUGCUGGUCAUGUUCACAUUCAACGACAAGCUGUUCCCGGAGACGCUCGACUUUAUCUCCGGAAGCGGUAUCAUUGGAUUGUACACAACGUUCGUGUUCUUGGCUUCACGUAUACUGCGAGGUUUCUUCUCUGGAAUCUACACUAAGAUCAUGUUCGACGACUUACCGAACGUCGACAGAGUUCUACAGCUGUGCCUGGAUAUUUACUUGGUACGUGAAGCCCUCGAGUUGGCAUUAGAAGAAGACUUGUUCGCAAAACUGGUGUUCCUCUACCGAUCUCCAGAGACCAUGAUAAAAUGGAGUCGACCGAAAGAAGAGCCAGAAGAACAGCGAGCGCUUCCGCCCUCACAUUGAACCCUUAAUUAAUUUGUAAAGAAGCGGUAACAGUCUCAACAUUGAAAAAUCCGUAAAUAAAACAGCUGUGCUGAAACAAAACGCCAAUAGGUGCAUUUAUUGCAAAAAGACUUGUAAAGGCAAACAGGGCAUUUCAGUUUUUAUUCAUUCAAGAGAUAAAUGUAUUGCACAAUUAUGAAGUAAUUGGCUAGUAGGUCACAGCUAAUUGACUUCGAAUAUAACACGUCAAGCACUAAGUUUAGUUUUUGGAUGUGAUGGUGGCUGAAAAGUGAAACAACUUUGACUCUGCGUUACUUGCUUGUAUUCACUACUUGUUCAGUCUUUGUUCUUUACAAAAUAUAAGUAAAUUCUUAAGUAUAGCUAAUGGCUCGUGCAGUCUUUAUGACCUACUAUAUAAAUGAAAGUCAAUUUAGGAGUAAAUUAUCUUGAUACAGCCUUCAUUUAUGUUUUAGGUGAUAUUUUUAAACGGGCAUUAUUACUUAAUUUUGAGAAUGAAUUAAAACUAGAAAGUUGUAUAGAAAACGGUAAAUAUCUCUAAGAAUAAACGCAAUAUGUCUAUUUUAUCAGAUAUUCAAUAAAAUUUAAACUAUACUUAUUUAAUG